CAUGAAGUUAGCGACAUAACUGUCAAAAUCGUCAAAAUUCUUAUUUACACAAAAAUCUUUUUAGAUACGCAAAAAGCCGGAUUAAUUAAAAUUAAUAAAAACAAACCGACAAAUUAGAUAAAAGCAAAAAAUGUGGUACCUUUGGGCUUUCCGCACGAUGCGAGCUUACGCUCCUUACGUCACUUUACCAUUUGCAGCUGUCGUCGGAUAUUUAGGUUAUAAAUUCGAAGGCGCAAUUUCCAGCAAAUAUACUCCGUAUAAAGAACCUAUAAAAGAAGCCCGAAACGAGCGGCAAUUAACUGAAGAAUCAUUACGAUCAGCUGCUGAUGUGGAAAAGUUAAAAUAUAGCGCUAAUGUACUCGGAAAGAAUCUUUCCCCUUCGCUACAAUAAAAAAUUUCAUUUCU